AUUUGAUCAAGGCGAAGAGACGCAGACCAACCGAGCGGUGGUGUAUCAAUCUCACAAUUGGCAAACAGGGAAAGGGAGGGAGGGACAGAGAGGCUGGGCACCAAAACUACAACACAUAUCAGGAAAUGAUGCAGUAUUUUGCAGCGAACGUUAAGUGACAAAGAGACUUGUGGAAGAUCCAGAUCCGAGCCAAGUACAAGAAAUACUACUCAGUACGCAAUUCUCACAGAUGGCAGCACCACCUCGGCCAGAACUGUUCGACUUCCAUGGAGUCCCCAUGAUCAACAUUUUCACUGAUGACUGGGACAACAUUCAGAACUUCAAAGCGAGACCAGAUGAUAUUCUUAUUGCUACGUACCCUAAAGCAGGAACUACAUGGGUCUCUUACAUCUUAGAUCUUCUGUAUUUUAGCGAUAUGGGUCCAGACCGUCAGACAACCAUCCCUAUUCAUGAAAGAGUUCCCUUCCUGGAGUUCUGUGUACCUCCCAUACCUUCAGGCACAGACUUGGCAGAACAACUUCCCACCACUCCUCGUCUCAUUAAAACCCACCUUCCUGUCCAGUUUGUACCAAAGUCUUUCUGGGAGCAGGACUGCAGGAUAAUCUAUGUGGCCCGUAAUGCAAAGGACAACGCGGUGUCCUAUUUUCACUUUGACCGGAUGAACAGCCUUCAGCCAGAACCAGGAGACUGGAGCACCUUUCUACAGGAAUUCAUGGAGGGAAACAGGGCUUUUGGAUCGUGGUAUGACCAUGUGAAUGGCUGGUGGGAAAAGAAGCAGACUUAUUCAAAUCUCCUCUACAUGUUCUAUGAAGAUUUGAUUGAGGACUCGGGACAAGAAAUAGAGCGACUGUGUUCCUUCCUUGGUUUGUCUCCUUCUGCUGAGGAGAAGGAAAGAGUCCGAGUCAGUGUGACGUUUGAUAAUAUGAAACAGAACAACAUGACCAACUACAGCACAAUUCCUCUGUUGAACCAGACCGUGUCUCCGUUCAUGAGAAAAGGGAAAGUUGGUGACUGGAAGAACCACUUCACUGUGUUGCAGAACGAACAGUUUGAUGAGGACUACGAGCACAAAAUGAAGAAUCCUGCUCUCAAGUUUCGUUUUGAAAUUUAGAUGCCCAGCGUGACUCUAUGGAGCUGUGAAGUGAUGAAAACGUUAACAUAACAUUUCAAGAUUCAUCUGCACAUCUUAUGUAAAAUUACAAAGGAACAAAACUUAGAGUAAUGUACUGUCAAAAUGAUGCGUCUGCUAAGACUGACUUUGAAUCUUUGACUUUACGACUUGUUUUUUGAUUGAUGUUGGUAAUAUGUCUUUAAUGUUAUGCCAGUCAAUAACUCUAUUUAAUCUAUUGUGCAACAAAAUAAUAUAAACAUAGACUAUUCA